ACAACGUGCACCUCUACACUGAAAGGCAUCUUCCACCAAGCAUAUGCUUUUAUUCUUUGGCUUGAAAAGUUUAAAUUUAAACUUGUAAGAAAGAAUGACCUUCCGCCAUUAAUCCAGAAAUCGCUCAGCUGUCACAAUUCAUGGCUGGUUUGAAUUUUUUUGUAUUGGAUUGAAAGAUCACAGGCUCAUACGCCAUAUCCUACACGAAUUCUCUCUCUGGGAAGUUGCAACUAAUCCAUCUACUCCUUCCCUAUUUUAAAGAUCAUUAAUGCCACUCUUCUGUGACAGAAUUUGUGCAAGAUUUUCUGCAUUUUCCGACAAGAUUUCCAGAAAAGAGCAGUAAAAGAUGGGGAAGAUAGAGAUCGAGGGGCCUAUAAAAACGGUCGUUGUUCUUGUGCAAGAGAAUCGAUCAUUCGACCACAUGCUAGGAUGGAUGAAGCAGAUAAAUCCCCAAAUUGACGGCGUAACAGGGCAAGAAUGGAACCCUCUGUCCACUGCAGAUCUCAUUUCCCCCAAAGUGUUUUUCAAGGACAAUUCGGAAUAUGUGGAUCCAGAUCCUGGCCAUUCUUUCCAAGCCAUCAGAGAACAGAUCUUUGGAAAUGCCUGGAACACGGCGGCAAACCCUCCCCCCAUGAAUGGAUUCGCUCAGCAGGCCGAAAGCAUUGAAAAGGGCAUGGCGGAGACCGUGAUGAAUGGCUUCAAACCAGAAUCUGUUCCAGUCUAUGCAGCCCUGGUUAAAGAAUUUGCAGUUUUUGACAGAUGGUUUGCUUCCGUGCCCGCCUCAACGCAGCCGAACAGGCUCUUCGUCCACUCUGCAACUUCUCACGGUGCAACCAGCAAUGAGGCCAAGAAGUUGAUUGAAGGGUAUCCACAAAAGACUAUCUUUGAAUCCAUUCAUGAAUCUGGCCUUGAUUUUGGCAUUUAUUACCAGUAUGCUCCGGCUACUCUGUUCUACAGGAACCUGAGAAAGCUCAAGUAUGUAGGGAAAUUUCACCAUUACGAUCUCUGGUUCAAGUCUCAUGCGAAACAGGGGAAGUUGCCUAACUAUGUUGUGAUUGAGCAGCGCUAUUUUGAUCACAAGAUUUUGCCUGCAAAUGAUGAUCAUCCUUCGCAUGAUGUUGCCCAAGGUCAGAAAUUUGUGAAGGAGGUUUACGAGACGCUGAGAUCGAGUCCCCAGUGGAAUGAAUUGGUGUUCAUCAUUACAUAUGAUGAGCACGGGGGAUUCUUUGAUCACGUUCCUACGCCUGUGAGGGGCGUGCCCUCUCCAGACGCCAUUGUUGGCCCUGCCCCAUUUUACUUCAAUUUCGAUAGAUUGGGUGUCCGUGUGCCCACCAUGGUCAUUUCUCCCUGGAUCAAUCCAGGAACCGUGGUGAAUAAACCAAUGGGGCCAUAUCUUUCCUCCGAAUUUGAGCACUCGUCGAUCCCUGCAACUGUGAAGAGGAUCUUCAAUCUGAAAGCCGACUUCUUGACCAAGAGAGAUGCUUGGGCGGGCACUUUUGAAGGCAUUUUACAAUUACGGGAGAGCCCAAGAACUGAUUGUCCAGAUACGCUACCAACACCAGUUAAACUGAGACCCGGAGAAGCAAAAGAAGAGGCGAGUUUAGGGGAGUUUCAGGUGGAGCUGGUGCAGCUGGCAGCUCAAUUGAAUGGAGACUACAGUCUGGACACUUAUCCAGAUGAACUUCCCAAGCGGAUGAACGUAAAAGAAGCUCACAACUACAUUGAACGCUCUGUAAAACGCUUCUUUGAGGCGUGUGAACAAGCCAGAAUGGAGGGUGCAGAUGAGUCUGAGAUUGUGAAGCUUCCAUGUGAAGAACCAAUCUUGCCUAAGCCUUCAGCAAUCCGGUUGCUUUUAAGAAAUAUGCUAUCCUGUCUUGCCUGUGCUAAUCAUAUCGAGUAACGUACUAAACAAUGUGUUGCAGUAGUCAAGCGUGUAAAUAAGGUAUUUUGUUUUUCAAUUGGAGGAGUUUUAGAUUUUUGGUUUA